AUGUAUGAUCAAAUAAGGAAUAAUAAAUUUAAUUUACCAAUUAGAAUGAAAUAAAAAGCCCCCUAAAUUUCUCCUAAUAAAUUGUAUGCGAGUCUAUUAAAAAAAAAAAAUGAAUCAGAUUAGCAGUAGAAAAUAGUGAAAUCUCCAGUCAUUCAAGGAAAUGUGUACAUUAAUUCUUUGAGAAAUAAUUAAGGAUAGUUAAAAGUUGAUGCCAAGAAAUCAAGACCAACGAGUGGAAAGGAUCUUAAGGAUAUAAGCACUGUCUUAUUGAAAAAAACUCAUGCACGUUAAAAUAGUAAAAUCAUCGAGACCAAAGAAAACUCAUAAAAUUUAACCCAAUCAGCAUUGCAAUUAUUAUAAAAAAUCAAGGCUGAACGCCCAGACAAUAAAAUUGGUCAAAUAUAAACAUCCAAAGAGAUUUUACAAUAUCAUUAGUAAUUAAUUUAAAAAUAAUAUUAAAAAUUACUUGACUUAUCUAAAUAAACAGAACAUAAUUAGUUAUAACAAUAACAAUAACAACAGCAAUAACAACAAAAAUAAAAACUAUUCAAAGGACCUCGCUCAAUCAGUAACCCUGAUAUCUCAACUCUCUAACUCUGUAUCACUAAAGCACACGCAAAAUCCAUCCCUGGAAUGCUCUACACAGGCUAAACCAAAAUCAAUCAAGAUUCCUAUAAGUUAAUCCAAAAAUUCGGGACAAAAGAAAAUGAUUGGUAUCUUCAGGUUUCUGAUGGCCAUGGAACCAAUGGACAUCAAGUAGCCUAAUUUGUCUAAGAAAUCCUACCAGCCUACAUAGAACAGGAGGUGAUGGAAGCUCCCUACUACUACGAUAGAGAUAAAACAAUAAACAACAUCUUUAAGCAAUCCUUUUUGAAGACAAAUGAGGAUCUCCUAAAUUCUGGCAUAGAUGUGACCUAUUCAGGAGCAACAACAGUUGUCGUUAUAGCAUUUGAAAACAUACUAUACUGUGCCAACAUAGGAGAUAGUCGAGCUAUUAUCGGAAGAUAUGAUACUAAAUUACAAGUGGUUGAACUAUCUAAAGAUCACAAACCCGAUUGUUUUUUGGAAUAGGCCAGGAUCAUUCAGAGAGGAGGACGUGUUUAAGCCUAUAGUGAUGAGGAAGGGAAUCCUAUAGGGCCGGCAAGAGUAUGGAAAUUGGAUGAAGAUGUACCAGGACUGGCCAUGUCAAGGAGCUUUGGAGAUUACGUAGCAAGUUAGGUGGGAGUCAUUUAAGAGCCUGAAAUCAUUAAGCAUUAACUAUUGCCAUCAGACAAAUUCUUAGUUGUUGCAUCAGAUGGUAUUUGGGAAUUCUUAUCGAAUGAAUGGGUAAUCGAAACAGUCAAUGAGUACUAUAAAAAGGGAGAUGCUAUCGGUGCUUGCAAUAAAUUAACCAUAAGCUGCAAAAGAGGCUUGGUAGAGGGAAGAUGA